AUGCUCGUCGACUCUUUCUACUUGAGGAUCCAGACUUUUUCGGCAGGACUUGCUCUGCUCGACGGAGAUCUCCUCUCCAUCGGCCCCGACCUCAAAACUCAACUCGGUGCGACAGAUCACUCGUCGACGAGUAUGCAGGCUCUUGUCUUUGUCGCUGCUGUCUCCGCCACCCAAGACUCGAUAUUUGCUGAUGUCCUAUGUCCUGUGCGAGGAGGCUUCUCCAACCAUCCGAACUCUUGUGGGUGACCUAGCGCCCUGCCGGCUCGCCUCGAGAUUGAGAACGAAGGUGUCACGAAUGGGAGUUUCGCCACUCCAAGUUCGGCCUCUCAGCACCCACGUCAUCCGCGUGACUUGGGCCUUCCCGCGCUUCGGACCUCCUCUCCCCGCUUCGGCACCUGCACUGCCUUCUUCUCCUCCAACUAUACGCUCACAACCCUCUCGCCCCCGACUCUUACGUGA